CCGUGCCAGUUUCUCGCAGUUGUCCCGUCAUCGAUACCGAUCGCGGACGUCUCCUCGACGAGCCAUGUGGAAUUACGUGCUGGUCUCGGUCGUCGUGUUGCUCGCGUCGUUGAUUUAUCAUUGUUACUUCAACAGGCCGCUCAGCAUUAUCGACCACCCCGACACGCAUUACGAUUACAUAAUCGUUGGUGCUGGGACUGCUGGCUGCGUGGUUGCAUCACGACUGUCCGAGAUUUCGAAUAAGACGGUGCUAUUGGUCGAAGCAGGUGGUUACUUCGGAUGGGUCGCCUCUGUACCACUUUUGGCGCCAAUGCUGCAGGGGACGGAGGUCGACUGGGCCUACGCUUCAGAACCACAGAAAUUCUCCUCUAGGGGCUUUGGGAAUCACAUACAAAAAGUGCCACGAGGUAAAGGAUUGGGCGGAAGUGGUCAGAUGAAUUAUUUAGUUCACUCUUUCGGAAGGCCAGAGGAUUACACUGGAUGGCCUAAAGGAUGGUCGCACGCUGAUUUGCUUCCAUAUUUCAAGAAGGUAUCCGAUAUUAUGAAUGUGAUGAGCAGUCCAGAGGAGGAAUACCUGAUAGAAGCCUUUCUCAUGGCGGACGAGUCGUUCAAGUUGAAUAACGUGACUCUACAGAAGGGGACGUUCACGACCAAAAAAGGAUCUCGAUGGACUUCGUAUCAUGCGUACUUGCAGAACGCCUGGAAUAGAAGAAACUUACACAUUUUGACCAACACUCUGGUUGCAAAAAUACUUUUCAAAGAAAACGCGACCGUGGACGGGAUCAAGGUGAUAUACAAAGACGGAUCGGUGGGAAAAAUUCACGCGAGAAAGGAGGUGAUUCUUUGCGGGGGCGCCAUCAAUACCCCUCAAUUGCUUUUGCUCUCAGGAAUCGGGCCAGCAGAAGAGCUUGAGAAAUUUCAGAUACGAGUGUUGAGCGAUCUUCCGGAAGUGGGCAAGAAUUUCUUCGACCAUUUGCUGCUUCCAGUUUUUGUGAACCUCGAGGCAAGAGUGAGCAUAACUUUAGUGAAAUUGCAAACGGUUCCUGAAUUGCUCAAUUACUUCGUCUUUGGAAGAGGAUGGUACGCAACCAACGCUGUGAUGGGGAUUGGCCGUAUGAAUAAUAGUGGUAUAAUGCUUUUUGGAGUGGCUUCCACUGAAGAGAGGAUAUUAAAAUCGUUGUCCAACUAUAAAACUGAGCCUUACAGAUCGUUGUAUCCGACCUACAACAACAAUUCCCGCGAGGGUUUCCUGUACAUGUCGUAUUGCUUGCAACCGAAGAGUCGCGGGAGCAUCACCUUGCGAUCCGUCAACAUUCGUCACCAUCCAAAGAUCGAUCCUGCCUAUCUUAAGCACGAGGACGACGUUUUAUGCACCCACGAGGCGAUAAACUUCGCGAUCCAGACCCUCGAUACGAAGAAAUUCCGCGAGUACGGGGCGAAGGUUCACCAUCCUGACUUGGAAGAGUGUCGACACCUGCCACAGGAUUACCGUGACGUCGAAUACGCGGAGUGCGUGAUAAGGGUCGGUGGCCUCUCGGGUUAUCACCUGUGCGGCUCCAGCAGGAUGGGAGUCGAUGAUCGCGCGGUCGUUGACGAGGAAUUACGUGUGAGAGGAGUGAAUGGACUCAGAGUAAUGGACGCCAGCGUAAUACCAUCCCCUAUUUCUGGAAAUCCGAAUUCCGUGGUUAUAGCCAUGGCGGAACGGUUAAGUGAUUUAAUCAUCGAUCAGGGAUCCAAUUAAAGCUAACUGUAUAAAAUGUGAAAGGAAUAUAUGAUUUCGCGACAUGAACACAUUUUUGCAGAAUACAAAAGGUUAACACCCAAAAUUCUUCUAUAAUUCAAAUAACUUCUAAUUUAAAAACAUAAAUAAAAUGUCUAAUUUUAAUUUAAA